GCCACAGUUACUCACGAAGCAGCAACAGUGAAGUGAAUCUCCUUUUUUGGACUUUUCACGUUUUUCUCUCUGGAGAAGAAUGCGGUCCCGGUCUGGCUCAUCCACGGUAGACGGCAUCAGGCUCAACAUUUCCCCUGAUCAAAGUGUGAGGUCUGGAACGAGAUGGAUCAGAGGAAAAAUCCAAAAGAUCUUGCGAAACCCCACGGGUCAGGUCGCUGACAGUGGUCCCACCAACACUGAUGGACACCAGUCACCCAGUGAAGAGGAGCAGCCCUUUGUGACUCCUAAUUUUGAGGAAUGCCUUGAGGGACAAUACUUAUGUGAGGCCACCCAACUUCUGAUAGACAGGGAGAAACAUCUGUUUGGGGAGAUAACCGAGGCUAAUGAGCAAGAAGUAGAAAAGCUCGCUGCAGACCAUGAAGCCCUUGAAAAGCGCAUGCAGCAGACUCUGCAGCAGAGUCUCUCUCUCAACCCUCAAGAUGUCAGUGAGGACGUGACGUCUGCUCUGAUGUCUGCCGUGAAGGCCAUCAGCCUUGAGGAAGAGCAGGACCAGCUGUGGAAAAAAAGAUGCCGAACUCCGCCAGCCUGGAGGCCCACGAAGUGGAAGGAGCGCCAUGACUCAGUGCUUCAUGAAUUAGUAAAUGGUCGUAUGGAUAACCCAUCGAUCCUCGUUGGUGACCAGGUGAACCAGUCAUCUAUCCAGGCAGACAUCAACUCCAUGGGCAGGCAGCUGAAAGACGACCUGCUGUUGGUGGUGACGGUGGUGAACAGCUGCUACCCACCAGAGAUGGACAUCUGCAAUUUUUAUGCAAGACUCUACCACCAAACGUUCAGUUCCAGACUCAGAAAGAUUGCAGACUUUGUUCUGGAUGACAGGGACUGCAUUUUCCUCCUGCAGUGGGUGAACGAGUUUUAUCCAGGAAUCCUUCAAAAAUCUGAGCUGGCCAAUAACAUCAAUACUGAAGCGCUGGGAAAGCUGCUUCCUGAUGAGUUACUGAAAGCUCUGGAGGAGCAGUACCUCAGCAAACAGCAGAGUGACCUGAUGAUUUUUACUGACCGAGCACUGGAUGCUGCAAAGAAAGAGUGGGAUCAAGGAAAGGAGCCAACAAGAGACGAUGGUUGCUACGUCAGUCCUGUGGCCUGCGAUGUCAUCCAGAUAAUCAACGGUGUCCUGACAUCAGCACAGAAAAUUGUAGGAGACGAGCACAAGCCCCAACAAAUAGCAUCCCACCUGACAGGCUUCAUGCAAAGGUAUAGAGCUCUUCAGGAAGACAUCAUCAAGCACAACAGACCCCACAGCAAAGCGCUCAUAAAGGCAAACCUCGGCUGUGUCAAACAGUUCAGGGACUUCCUCACCACGAAGAGCCACCUGUUCCCGGAGGACGUGCGGGAAAACUGUUUACAGGUUCUGACUGAGAUGAAACAGUCUGCCCACACUUAUUUAUUAAACCCUGUUCACAAGGUCCUCAAACCUCACUACCAGAAGCUGGGAACCAGUGACUGGCUGAAGAAGAAUGUGUUUGAGAAGCUGCUUUUCAGCACCGAUGAAGAGCUUCAACAACUUCAGGGUUCGGCUCAAUCCUGUCACCAGGAGCUGAUUUGUCAGCUUCAUCGGGAAGUGACAGAAGAAUACGUCCGGAGGCUCCUGAGAGGAGAGGUCAAACUGAAGGACAGGGAUCGGCAGCAGAAGGCUUACAUGACAAUGAAAGAAAACGCAGAGAGAUUGCAUGAGCUGUUUACCAGAAUGGGAUCAAAGCAAGAGUGGUUAAAGGAAAUCCUGACCAAGAUAGCAGAAGUGCUAAAACUCCAAGAUAUCCCUGCCAUACAGAUGCAAAUAGUUUCACUGGGCUCUGCCUAUCCUGACCUCAGUGAAAAACACGUUUCAGCUCUGCUCAAACUCAAGACAACCCUCACCAAAGCCGACAGGAAAACAAUCAAAGCCACUCUGUCGGACACACUGAAAGAAAGCCGUGCUGAUGCUGAAACCCGGACGUUUUUCUCCAACGUUGAAGUGAGAUGAGCCGUGCGUUUUCUGUUCAGUUUAUCACUGGCUGAGAAUGGGGUUGCACAGCAUCGUGUACUAUAUUGUCUCUCAGAUUUUCAGAUUCUCAGUCUUUCAAUCUAAUCUAUGUCUGUAUUGAUGUACACAAUGAAUGCCAUGAACAAAGCCUGGCUGCUUAAGCUCAACUCCAUAUUGAACGCGGAUUCGGUGAUGCUGAAUGCUUGUUGUUGUUACUGUAUGAGUACAUAAGCUACAUGUCACAUUAAUGCUGGUAAUUAUUGUGCAUUUCAUGUAAAAUGUGCGGUACCGUCACUUUUGACGGGUACUGUAAGUGUGUAAGUUUAUGAGUGUGGUUUUAUGAAAGCCAGAGUCAUUUUCUAUACCAAAACAGUGUUCAUAAGUUGCAUUUCUUAAUAUUACAUGGAAUGUUACAUUUCUGAUGUACAUAAUAUGAUGAAAGUUCAAUUUUUUAAA